ACUCUUGUUAUGGCAACAUCAAAAAUGUUCAGACCGUACUUGGACUCCGAGAGGAGGGAGGGACCGAGUUUCUCUUAAUCGGAUGGAUGUCGUGCUCUUUGUUUUCUGCAAUGCUGGUAACUGUUCCCGAGAGGUCUGAAGACGAUGACGCGUAUUGGUGAUGGACAGAGCGGGUGGCCAAUCGCUAUCGUAGUGAGCCCUUGAUUGACGUCACCGCACCAAUCACCAUAAAGGAGGACGGGCCUUGGGUGUGAUAAGUGGAUACAUUGUGAAUGAUCCUUUGGUAGCUGGUCUUGGCUGAGAGCAGAACCAUCAAGCGAAGGGGGGGAUAAGAGCGGAUUCCCAGGAUGGAAGGCGGAAUGCAGUUACUGAACCGCGACGGACACAGCAUCUCCCACAAUUCCAAGCGGCACUACCACGAUGCCUUCGUCUCCAUGAACAGGAUGAGGCAGCGAGGGCUACUCUGCGACAUCGUGCUGCACGUGGGGAACAAGGAAAUCAAGGCGCACAAACUGGUGCUGGCCUCCUGCAGCCCGUACUUCCAUGCCAUGUUUACAAACGAGAUGAGCGAAAGUCGCCAAACGCACGUGACGUUACAUGACAUUGACCCUCAAGCCUUAGAGCAGCUCAUACAAUAUGCCUACACUGCCGAGAUUGUGGUGGGAGAGGGUAACGUGCAGACCCUGCUCCCUGCGGCGAGCCUGCUCCAGCUGAAUGGAGUCCGUGACGCCUGCUGCAAAUUCCUGCUGAGCCAGCUCGAUCCGUCCAACUGCUUAGGGAUCCGGGGGUUUGCUGACACUCACUCCUGCAGUGACCUGCUGAAAUCCGCACACAAGUACGUGCUCCAGCACUUCGUGGAGGUUUCCAAGACUGAGGAGUUUAUGCUGUUACCACUCAAACAGGUGCUUGAUCUUAUUUCCAGUGACAACCUGAAUGUCCCUUCAGAAGAAGAGGUCUACAGGGCUGUGCUGAGCUGGGUCAAACAUGAUGUGGAUAGCAGACGCCAGCAUGUCCCUCGACUGAUGAAGUGCGUGCGCCUGCCUCUGUUGACCCGGGAUUUCCUGAUGAGUAACGUCGACACGGAACUGCUGGUCAGGCACCACUCUGAGUGCAAAGACCUCCUCAUCGAGGCUCUGAAGUAUCACCUCAUGCCCGAACAGCGCGGAGUCCUCAGCAACACCAGAACCAGACCUCGACACUGUGAAGGUGCUAGCCCUGUUCUUUUUGCAGUCGGUGGCGGCAGUCUGUUUGCCAUCCAUGGAGACUGUGAAGCGUAUGACACCAGGACAGACCGGUGGCACAUGGUGGCCUCGAUGUCCACGCGACGAGCACGGGUUGGUGUGGCCGCGAUCGGCAACGGACUGUACGCAGUAGGGGGGUACGACGGCACUUCCGACCUGUCGACUGUUGAAUCCUAUGAUCCUGUCACCAAUUCCUGGCAACCAGAGGUAGCCAUGGGGACCAGGCGGAGCUGUCUUGGUGUGGCGGUACUGCACGGCUUGCUCUAUGCUGUGGGUGGCUAUGAUGGUGCAUCGUGUUUAAACAGUGCAGAGAGGUUCGACCCACUCACAGGAUCCUGGUCGUCUGUGGCUGCAAUGAACACCAGGAGACGAUACGUCAGAAUUGCAACAUUAGAUGGGAACCUCUAUGCUGUGGGUGGUUACGACAGCUCCUCACACUUGGCAACGGUGGAAAAGUACGAUCCACAGACCAACACCUGGACCACCAUCGCCAACAUGCUGAGUCGCCGGAGCAGUGCCGGUGUGGCGGUGCUGGAGGGGAUGCUGUACGUCGCUGGUGGUAAUGACGGGACCAGCUGCCUUAACUCUGUGGAGAGAUACAACCCAAAAACCAACACUUGGGAGAGUGUGGCGCCUAUGAACAUCAGACGGAGCACACACGACCUCGUGGCGAUGGACGGGUGGCUUUAUGCAGUUGGUGGGAAUGACGGGAGCUCAAGCCUUAAUUCCAUUGAGAAGUACAACCCUCGUACCAACAAGUGGGUGGCGGCCUCCUGCAUGUUCACCCGGCGGAGCAGCGUGGGUGUUGCCGUACUCGAACUGCUCAACUUCCCCCCUCCAUCUUCGCCCACCCUCUCAGUUUCUUCCACCAGCCUCUAACGCUCGAGCCAGAGGCCGGGCAUUACCUCAGUAUGAACACACAGUCCUCCUCGAAGGAGCCGGCCGCCGCCACGUGACUUGCUCUAGGGGCUGGCUCUGCUGCAGAUUUUUUUUUGGGUACCAUCAGAAUCAACAAAACGACAUCCCGAGCAUCAGAAGAGAGGCCCACACCUCGCCACUGUUGUAGCAUAAGAUGGAGUGAAGACACUACAGCCACAACCUGGUUGUACAUUGUGAACUGGCGUUACUCCAGGCAAUUGGGGUCAGUUCUGGAACCUCCAGACUUUAGUUGGGGGCUUGGAAUUCAUCCAAUCCUGACAUCAGCUCAAGAGGUUGAGAACCGACGCGAUUGCCAAUAACGUCUCUGGAAGUUAGGCCAAUGCCCAAGUGGCUCUAUUUGAGAAACCCACAGUACUGAGCAAACGUAGGCUCUGUUGUUUUCUGAGCCCUAUUCCAUCUGAGGUUGGUUUAUUCUUGGCAUGUUGCACGUUUAUUUAAUGUCGAAGAAAAAUCACCGAUAGCCCUCACAAGUGACAAGAAAUGCGGUUACUGAGUGCAGUGGUGAUCACCAAACACCUCCUUUACAAUGACUUCCUCAAAGUUGCUAAGUUAUUUUCAAAGCUAUGUAGCAUAUUACUUCACAUAUCAGCUCCUUGGUAAUGACCAUAACCAGAACACAGAACAUUGGACAUGAAAAGAUGCAGGUGAAUGGACAGUAAUAUUCCACAUCCUCUGGGUUCAGACAUCUAACAGAAUGCAGAAGUAAGCUAUAUAUUUGGUACUGACCACCACCAGUGGAUUCCCUCAUGACCCACUAAUUAAUGCUUACUAGGGGCAAGAAGACUGUUUAAUGUAUUCAGUACUGUGCAGAAGUCUUGGGUAUCUCUCUCUCUCUCUCUCUCUCUCUCUCUCUCUCAGAUGCCAAAGACUUUUGCACAGUACUGUAUUUGUCAACGUGGAGUAGAGAGUGAGUUUAUAAAUCUGGUGGUAGCGAAGGAUGUUUGGAAUGGCGAGGGUGGAGCACCGUGGCAGGGCUGGGGACGUGCGACACAGGUGCAGACACACCCAGCCCUGAGACACCAGGCAAAGUCAUUUGAUUCCAAACAAUCGGUUUACUGAUCAUUACAGAAUGUCUCUCUGGUGCUUCCCACUCUCAGUCCACAAUAGAGACCCAUAUCACAAUCAGGUUUAUCAUCACUCACAUAUGUCAUGUUUUUUUGUGGUAGUUUUACAGUGCAAUACAUAAAAAUUACUACAGUACUGUGCAAAAGUCUUCAGCACCCCAGCUAUACAUAUGUGCCUAAGACUUUUGCACAGUACUGAAUCUUUUAAAAUGGGAGGUACGUUGACUUCUAAUCAUUUGUCUUCACCUUCGCAAACUUGUUUAUUUUAACUUACUGUCACCCUCUGGUCUCCAUGUCAUUAGUAACAGACAGAGUGCGGCAGCAGUACAGUGUGAAGAAAUAGAAAAGCAGAGGAAAUAGUUGAUUGUGAACCUUAUUGAGAAAGCAAGGAUUGGACAUGAUCUACUGAAAAUUAUAUCUUCAUUUCUCCCAGGAGAUGCAGAAAAGAUGUAGAAGAUUAAACAGUGUUAUGUUGUUUACAGUUUUGCUUAAAGUUUAUCCUCCUUUAAUUUUAUUCCACCUCCCCACAAAGUGAAUUGUAAUAUGUUUCUCCAACAUGGUUGUAAUGCUGCCCCUCUCUGUAGGUCAUUUGUCGAUUGCUCACACAGCUCCUGGGUCGGGGUCUCAACCUUUUUUGUGCUCACACAGCUCCUGGGUCGGGGUCUCAACCUUUUAUGUGAUCACACAGCUCUUGGGUCGGGGUCUCAACCUUUUUUGUGCUCACACAGCUCCUGGGUCGGGGUCUCAACCUUUUAUGUGCUCGCACAGCUCCUGGGUCGGGGUCUCAACCUUUUUUGUGCUCACACAGCUCCUGGGUCGGGGUCUCAACCUUUUAUGUGCUCACACAGCUCCUGGGUCGGGGUCUCAACCUUUUAUGUGCUCACACAGCUCCUGGGUCGGGGUCUCAACCUUUUUUGUGCUCACACAGCUCCUGGGUCGGGGUCUCAACCUUUUAUGUGCUCACACAGCUCCUGGGUCGGGGUCUCAACCUUUUAUGUGCUCACACAGCUCCUGGGUCGGGGUCUCAACCUUUUUUGUGCCGUUAAGCAAGGGGACCAUGGGCUCCAGGUUGGGGAUCCCUGUCCUGGAUAGUGUGUGCUUAACCAGACCUGUAUUUCUAUUUUAUAGGAUGCCACAAUGGAGUAGGCAUUAGUGCGACACUAUUGUAGCUUGGGGCAUCAGAGUUUGGAGUUCCUUCUGUGAGAAAUUUGUACGUCCUUUCUGUGAGUGCGUGGUUUUCCUCCCACGUUCCAAAGACGUCCUGGUUUGUAGGUUGAUUGGUCAUUGUACGUUGUCUAGUGUUAAAUAGGUAGGUUGCUGGGCAGUGGGGCACUAAAGGCCUGUUCUGCACUGUGUCUCUGGAUUAGGGGUUCUCCACCUUUUUAUGUCAUAGACCCUUAUCAUUAACCGAGGGGCCUGUGAACCCCAGGGUGGGCACCCUUGCUCUGAAUAAAAUAAAAUAAUUUUUUUUUAAAUCACAAGAUCCUUUAAUGGCAAAACCAUGUUUUUUCAGAAAGAUAUACAGUCAUGCAGCGAUCUAAGCUAAACUGAAUCUAAAGCUUUACUGUUGACUUUUCAGGAUGAGACACUUCAUCAGGUCUCUGCCUAAAAUGUCAACUGUGUAUUUCCUUCCAGAGACACUGCCUGACCUGUUGAGUCCCUCCAGCAUUUUGUGGGUGUUGCUCUGGAUUUCUAGCAUCUGCAUAAUCUCUGGUGUUUAACUUUCUCUUGCUCAUCCAAAGUUUCAAUAACCGUGUGGACAUUUCCCUAGGCAGAAAUGGCUAAUACGAGGGGGUAUAAUUUUAAAGUGAUUGGAGGAAACUAUCAGGGGUGGUGUCAGCGACAGGUUUUUUAAACACAAAUGGUGGGUGCAUGGAAUGCUCUCAUUUUUUUUUAAAUUCAAAUAAGCAAUGCAAAAAGAGAAGUUUCAGCUGCAGUAUUCCAGACGGAAUAUUUGACGAUUCCCCUUGGAGCAAAGAGUCAUCACUCUCCGGUGGGUUUAAUUUUAAAUGUGGUGUAAGUUAACCAAAAUCAAUGUAAAGUAUUGAUUAGUAGAGGAAAACGUCAAACAUAUAAGGAGUCAUAUUAGUCAUGAUAUAUUGAUGGCAGACGUCCAAAGGAGCGAAAUGGUUUCCUCCUGGUCCUUCGUUUCAAUCUGUACAUUUUUUCCAAAUGGAUGUGUAGAGAUGAUAAGAUCUGACAAUGCAAGUGUCGGAAUCAGAAUCAGUUUAAUAACACUGGCACAUGUCAUGAAACUUGUUGUGCGGCAGCAGUACUUUGCAAUGCACAAUCAUAAAAGCUGUAAAUUAUAAUAAGUAAUAUAUUUAAAUUAAACAAGUAGUGCAAAAAGAAAGAGAAAAAAUAAAUUGAAGUAGUGUACAUGAAUUCAUUGUCCAAUCAGAAAUCUAAUGGUGGAGGGGAAGAAGCUGUUCCUAAAGUGUGUGUGUGUGUGUCUGUCUGUCUGUCUGUCUAUCCCUCUUCAGGCUCCUGUACCACCUUCUUGAUGCUGGCAAUGAGCAAUGAGAAAAGGGCAUAUCUGUGUGAUGGGGGCCCUCAAUGAUGGAUGUCACCAUCUUGAGGUAUCACCUUUUCAAGAUGCCCUCAAUGCUGGGGAGGCUAAUGCCCAUAUUGGAGCUGGCAGUUUACAACUUUCUACAGCUUUUUCUGAUCCUGUGCAGUGGCCCCUCCAUCCUAGACAGUGAUGAAACCAGUUAGAAUGCUCUCCAUGGUACAUCUGUAGAAAUCUGCUAAAGGGCAGAAAACUUAGGCUAAACUGUAUGUGAUGGUGCUAUAUCCAACUCUUCCUUUCACUCUCUGACACAGCAGAUGCAUUUUCAUCCCGUUACCAAGAACAAACAUUUACAUAAAGAAGGAAUCCAAUUAAUUGUGACUUGAGUGCAAAUGAAAAUACAGUAACUAGCUGCCAGAAAACAAAAUGCUGGAAAGACUCAUUAGGUCAGGCAGCAUCUGUGGAAAGAGAAAAAGAUGUUUAGGUCGAAAACCUUUUGUCAGCACUGAGUUGGUGACUUAGGGAGUAAUUCUGUGUAAGGUCAGAGAGAAGGAACAAGACCACAAGACGGGAGUGCAGACCAUUCAGCCCAUCAAAUAUGCUUCACUAUUCCAUCAUAGUUGACAUUUUCUCUUUUCACCUCAAUCUCCUGCUUUCUUCCUGUAACUAUUGACACACUUACUAAUUGAGAACCUAUCAACUUCCUCAUUAAAUAUACCCAAUAACUUGGCCUCCAUGGCCAUCUGUGGCAAUGAAUUUCAUAGAUUCACUACCCUCUGGCUAAAGAAAUUCAUCCUCACCUCUAUCCUAAAUGGAUAUCCCUCUAUUCCGAGACUGUGCCCUUUGAUCUUCGACUCCCCCACUGUAGGAGAUAUCCUCUCCACGUCCACUCUAUCUAGGUCUUUCAAUAUUUGAUAGGUUGCAAUGAGAUUCCCACCGACCCCCAUCCUACAGUGAGUACGCUCCUCAUACAUUAACCCUUUCAUUCCGGGAUAAUUCUUGUAAGCCUCUUCUAGGUUGGUCUGAUCCAUCAAACCAUCUCAGAAAGAUGCCCAAGUGGUCAGUUGUUAAAAUGGGCUCCCCAGCCUACAAACCUUUUGUAAGUUUACUCUCCGUACAGCUGAUCACCUCUGUUUUCGUUUUGUUCUCUGUUAGAUUUUGCUCCUCCCUAACCUCGGUGCAAUGACUUAGCUUUCACAUGUGCAGCUAUGAAGAAAAUGAGAUGUUUGAACAGGCUGGUGAAAUGCCACGGGUCUAUUUUAAUUUACUGUUAACACAUGUGAAAUUGUUGCUUAUUUAUGGGUAAUUUAUGUUAUGUGAAAUGUUUUCAUUACCUUUGCACUAAAAGAAAUAGCAAUACAAGCUGUCAAGUGAAAUAAAUGUCCUUUUCUAU